AUGGCGGCGAGAACCAUGUCAAGCAGCAGCAGUAUCCUGCUGGUCGCGGCUGUGGCGGUGCUGCUGGUGGCGUCGGCAUCGGCGCAGUCCGGGUGCACGGCAGCUCUCGUCGGCCUGUACCCGUGCUUGAACUACAUCAGCGGCAACGAGACGGCGCCCACCAAGUCCUGCUGCUCGCAGCUGAGCUCCGUCGUGCAGUCCCAGCCGCAGUGCCUCUGCAGCGCGCUCGGCGGCGACUCGUCGUCCCUCGGCGGCAUGACCAUCAACAAGACGCGCGCGCUCGAGCUUCCCAAGGCGUGCAACGUGAAGACCCCGCCGGCGAGCAAGUGCAACGGCGGUGGCACUGCUCCUGGCGCCGCCACGCCGACCACGCCCGAGGUGCAGACACCGGCAGGGUCUGGAUCCAAGACGACCCCGUCGGCGUACCUGCAGGAGAACGGCGGCUCGUCACUCCAGGGCCCGGCUGGGCUGGUGCUCGCCCUCGCGGCUGCUGCGGUCUACGCCGUGUCCUCUCUGUGA